ACUUGGCUCAAAUUAUGAAAGUAUGAUAUUGGUUUUCGAAUUAUUGAGCCUUUUUCUAUAGUUAAUAUUCGCCAAUUAUAUAAAUUAAAGAUAGUUUAAAAAGAGAAACGCUAAACUGUAUAAUUUUUUGUUAAAUGUCGCUUUCAGGCUUUUCUAAAUUAAAUUCAAUCUAUUGAGAAAUCUUACCCUAACAUUGUAAAUAAACUAAGUUAUUGAAAAAUUUUAGAAUUUAAAAAAAAUGAGUGAAGAAGAACAACUUCCAGCUGGUUGGGAAAAGAGAGUUAGCCGAUCAACUGGACAGACUUAUUACUUAAACCUUUUAACUAAGGAUAGCCAAUGGUCAGUCCCUACUAAACCAGCUACAGAAAAUUCAGCACCCACAAGUUCUGGCCCCGAACAAGUGCAAUGUAGUCAUUUAUUAGUGAAACAUGAAAAAUCACGGCGACCAUCAUCAUGGCGAGAAGAACGUAUCACUAGGUCUAAAAGUGAAGCAGUUGAUAUUAUAACAUCUUAUCGAGAACAAAUUGUAUCAGGAAAAUCUUCUUUUGCUGAAUUAGCUCAAAAAUAUUCUGAUUGUAGUUCAGCCAAACGUGGUGGUGAUCUUGGACCUUUUACAAGAGGUACUAUGCAAAAGCCCUUUGAAGAUGCAUCGUUUGGUUUGAAAAUUGGUGAAUUAAGUGAACCUAUUCAUACAGAUUCAGGUGUUCAUAUAAUUUUGCGUACUGCUUAAAUCAAAGCAAUUUUUUUAAAUAAAUUUAAAAUUAUUAUUUAAAUUUUCACAUAUUUAACUUAUUGUACUUCUUGAAUAAAUUUCUCACAAUGUAUUAGUUGUUUUUGCUACAAUUAAAUGCCAAAGUUUUAAGUAGUA